AUAAGGUUGGUAAAUCCUCAAUUUUUAUUUUCGGUUUGCAAUUAUUCGCAAUGCAGUUUUGGGAUAAUUUCUGCAAAAUAUGUUCUUAUAUCACGAACAAUUGGUUGUUUCGCUUAAUUGCAUCUUCUGGUGUAACAACGCAUGUUGUAAGAUCUGUGCGAGCUCUAGAAGCUUCAAGAGGCAAAACAGACACGACGGACUAUACAAAUAUGGAAAAGCGUAAUAGCGAAAAAAAGAAAACCUAUAAACAAAAGGACGAAAUAGAUAGAUGGGAAACAAAAAAUGAACUUUACAACCGAAAAUUGGCUUUUUACACAGGAGAUAUAACGAAACUUGCUCUUGAUGCUAUUGUAAAUGCGGCUAAUAGUCAACUGGCAGGAGGAGGGGGUGUUGACGGAGCUAUACACAGGGAAGUCGGUCAUGGAGUAUUACAAAAAGAAUGUAGGAAACAUAAGAGAUGUGAUCCAGGCAAAGCCGUAAUAACCCAAGGAUUUGACAGACCAGCAAAACAUAUAAUACAUGCUGUUGGACCUAUGGAUGGAAAUAGAAGUAAAUUGGAGAGCUGUUACGAAACUUGCUUUAAAUUAGCAAAAGAGAAUAAUAUUAAAACAAUAGCUUUUCCCUGUAUCGCAACUGGUAUUUAUGGAUAUCCGCAUGAAGAAGCAGCGAGAAUUGCAUUAUCAUUAUCAAAGAAACACUUGAAGGAAAAUAAUGAGAUAGAACUGAUUACCUUCUGCCUUUUCAACUCAAUUGAUAUUGAAAUUUAUGAAAACUUGAAACACAUUUAUUUUCCAGGAAAAGAUAGUCGAGGACGUACUCUAGAUGAAUUGAAAAAGUGGUCUGAGUCCUAUCAAACAGUUCAGCCUACGGAGGAUGUUGUAAAAUAUUCUGUUAAUUCUAAAUUAAAUGAAAAGAUAUUUUACGAUCAAAAAGAAAGUUAUGAUGUAAUAGCCGAUGCAAUAAUUAAUUAUGGAGAUCACGAUAAAAAUUUAAAACAAACUUGGAAAUCCGAAAAAGUAGUAAGUUCGAUGAAAGUUGAUAAAUCGAAAAUAGACAUCGAGUCUUCUUAUAUUAUAAGAGUUAAGCCUGAAGAGGGGAAAAAUGAAGAAAACGAUUUUGGAAAAUUAUAUGAAAUAUGCUUGAAUAAAGCAGUUAAAAAAUAUUGGAAAUCUUUAAUUAUUCCAAUGUUUCAUUCAGAUGAAUUUGAUGAAAAGAUUUGCAAGAAGAUUCUUGCAGCCAUACGAUCAUGGAUGGAUCAAGAUCAAAAUACUGAUAAGGUCCUUUAAUAGAAAUUCUUUAUGAAGAAAUUAUUUACAAAUUUAAGAGUUUUUUUCUGUUUUUUUUUCACCUUCUUCAGAUAGAGAAUAUCAUAUUUUCAUUUGGAAAAUGUCAAGAUCCGGAGAAGUAUUUGAUGCUAUAUUUUCCACCGGAAGUGACGGAAAUGACUGAAAAUCAGUAAAAACUAUUCAAAUAAACAUUUUAUAUUUUAUGAAUUCUAUAAUAUAAAUAUUGUGUAGUUUCAUAAAAAACUUUGGUAAUAAACAGUAUUUGUAUUUGGAAA